AUGUCGGAUAUAGGUCAGAGGAGAACGGAGGCUGAGACAAUCGUGAACAUCCCACUGGUUGUGGCUACGCUCCAGCAGACGCUCAAUCUUCCCGAUGACUUUGACUCUAGCGACCCAGAGUUUACAGAAUAUUUCCUGCAGCUGACCAUCAUCCUCAGGGCGUCCGGUCUGCCCAACUGGCAGUCACACAUAGGCUGGCUUGGCCUAUUCACCCCCAAGAUGACACUGCUUGCUAUGGACACUUUCAACGACUAUCUGAAAUACCUUCAACAGACUUGA